AUGGACCAGUCAGAUGAAGACGCUGCGGAGAUGUCCAAGACUCAAGAAUUGCAGUCGUACCUCGCCAUAGGGCGUCGCAAAUUUCACAGUGCUGUCAAUGCAACCAAACAGUCCAGCUAUUAUAAGAAGGUGACGCAGCGUUUCAAUGGUGAUAAUUCGUCAUCGGAAGAUGAUUCUGUACCCGAAAAUGCAUUCAUACAAUUAUAUAACAGUUAUAGUCGUGAGACAAGCCCUGGAUCUUACUUUACCAAGGUGUCUGGAGGUAUAUUUACUCCAGGACGACUGAACAGAAAGAAUCGAAUGAUGCUAUCUUUAGCCAAAAGAAUGGCUAGAGCAUCUGUUCCCUACUCUGCUGCCGAUCAAUUUGAAGAUCAAUUUGCCGAGGCAAUUGAACAUCCCAUUAACCAGACCCACUUUGAGGAGUACGAUGACGAUGACACUUCCUCCAGUGGCUCUCAGGUGGCUGUUGACAAUGUUGCAGAAGAGAUCACAAUAAAUAGAAUGAGUGGAGUGAUAGCCGCAGGUAUACCGAGAACAUUGUUGAGAAUUCGGAUUGGCUCCCAACAAGAGGCAGAAAAUAUCAUUACCAACGAUUUGUAUACAGAUCAGUAUGGAAUGUUUAUGGUGGAGAUCCAAACCGAAUAUGCCCCCUCAUAUGUUGAGGCGAGCUCGACAAUUAAUCUGGAGGUUAUUCAGCUCGAAGAUAUCCGAUCAAUUCCAUUGAAAGGGUUGAGUGUGAUUUCUGACGUUGAUGACACAGUACGAAUAACAGGCGUGGUUGGUGAUAAGAUUGAUAUUUUCAGAAACAUCUUUUCUAGACCUUACUCUGAGUGUGAAGUGCCCGGAGUGCCCAAAUGGUUCCAAAUAAUGGACCAGCAUUUUGGGUGUGCCAUUCAUUAUGUGUCCAACUCUCCCUGGCAGGUGUACAACAUUGUAAGCGGCUUUUUAGAGUACGAAAACAUGCCUAUGACGUCUAUACAUUUAAAGCAAUACUUUGGAAACAUAUUUUCUUCGGUGAGGAUGGCUUCAUCGGAGAGAAAGAAGGGUACAUUGGAGCAGAUUAUUCGGGAUUUUCCGCAAAGAAAGUUCAUUCUCUUGGGAGAUUCUGGCGAACAGGACAUAGAGGCAUAUGUAUCUCUUAUACCAGAGUUUGGCAACCAAAUCUUGGCUAUAUAUAUAAGGGCUGUUGCUGGAUCCUUUUCUUCUUUGGGUAACGACAGAGACAAUGUUAAGAGGCUUGAACGUAUGCUCAGCAAGAACAAAUCUCAGUUGCACAAGCCCAAGACUAUAAGCCAACAACCUCUUCCUCGUCGAAUUCCUCCCAUAGUUCCUCACAAACCCUCGGAACUGCAUGGAAAGCCUAUCAACCGGACUUCUCGAACGAGACUGCGACGCUCUAUUUCUAUGGGCAACAAUCCACCGCGGUUGCCUGCUAGAAGGAUUCCGGAAAUCUCACUUCCUGAAGGAGGAGCUCUCUUGGAUCGAGACCAAGACCAUCAUCAUCUUCCUUGGCUCAACUCCUCUCCCCUUCCAGAUACUUUGGACGAAUUUCCUGGUGAUUUCAACCAGAAUUCUGUAGUUCUCGACCUCAAAUUUGAAACAUGGAAGGAGAGAACAGCAGAGGUUGUAAAAGAACUUCCUGCAGAGAUUGAAUUGAAAUUCUGGUGGAAUCCAGAAGACAUCAUGAAAGAAUGCUUUGAUCUACUUAAGGCAAAUAGUUAA